AUGAACACGAGCAAGAACGAAGUACUCUGCGAAACAGCAGAAAGACCUUGCCCUGAGGGUGAUGAUAACAAGCAAGAAAACGCCACCUCAGACGCUCAGUCGGAGCCAGAGCCAAUCAAGCCGUCUGCGUUGCCAUCGCCCUCACCAUCGCUGGCUGUCGACGCUUACCACACCCUCGACGACGACACCGCUUCGUACGCACGAUACAUCGGCCGGACUCUGGUCCUCCGCGUGGGCCAUGUAACGACGCUUAUCUCCGCCGCGACGGCUAUCGUCAAGGUGUCACUUGGCGCGUGGACAACUCUCGCCGUCUACGCUUGCAGACAUUACCUCCUCGCCAAUGCCGUUACUGCCACCAUCACCGACCCGAUAGAGGCAAGUGAACGCCAGGCAGACCACGUCGUCACCCAAGCAAAGCAGGUGGGCUGGAUGAUACGCUGGAACUUGGAAGCUACCACCGUGGGUGCGACUCUGGUCGAGGCUCCUCCAGAAACCGCGCCAAUGGAUGAUCUCUAUCGCGCUCCUUAUUCUCAAGCUUCCGGCGUUCAUCACACCCAUCAUUACCGGCACAGUCAGCUGGACCUUGACUUCGAUCGCCGCGGCCGACGAAACCCUCUCCGUGCCGGCUGUGCUGGAAAUCUGAGUAUCGUCGAUGAUCCGCCUUCAUCUUACUAUUAUCCCGGGUUGACAAUUAUAUUCGACACGGUUGAAGGACAAGAGUACCCCGAGAUGGCUGAUACAAAGCCCGCUGCAACAAUGUUUUCAAAGACCCAAAUUGUCGCAAUCAUGGUGAAGAGGACACAGGUGGAGAGUCGGCACUGCUCGAGGAUGGACCCGACUAUCUUCGGCGACGUUGACCUUCUCGAUCGGUAUCUGUUAUCGUGGGGCGAUGGGACGAACGAUAACUGCUACUUCUUCGGCAACAUCACUUCCACGGCCGGCGUGACACGAAGCAAGGAGAGUCGGUACCUCGCCAGCGAAGUCGUCGAGGACUAG